AUGGCAACUCAUAAGGAAACGAAAUGUCCUGAAGGAUCAAAAAGUAAACAUUCAAUUAAUGGAACUGGAGAGCAUCAAGCACAAUGGGGAAGAGCUUGGAAAGUUGACUGGAUUUCCCUGUCGGCUGUCAUUUUUCUACUCCUGUUUGCACCCCUCAUUGUGUAUUAUUUUAUAAUGUCAUGCGAUCAGUACAAUUGCUCCUUAGCUGCACCAGCUAUUGAAAUUUUCACUGGGAAAACCCACCUCUUGGAUAUUUGGAACAAGACGCCAUCAUUGACCUGGAAAGCUGCGAGCCUCUAUAUUUCUUGGGUAACUUUCCAGGCAAUUUUGUACAUGCUUCCUGACUUUGUCCACAAGAUAAUUCCUCACUAUCGAGGAGGAUUGCAAGAAGGCACAGUAACGCCUGCUGGUGUUACACUUAACUAUGAGGUCAAUGGACUUCAAGCCUGGCUUAUCACAGCUGCAUUGUGGUUUGCAAAUGCUUACUACUUCCGCUGGUUCUCACCCACCAUCAUUUUUGACAACUGGAUUCCACUCCUAUGGUGUGCAAAUAUUCUGGGAUACGCAGUAUCUAUAUUUGUAUUUGUGAAAGCCUACUUGUUCCCCACCAAUGCAGAAGACUGCAAAUUCACUGGUAACUUCUUUUAUGACUUCAUGAUGGGGAUUGAAUUUAAUCCUCGUUUGGGAAAGUGGUUUGACUUCAAACUGUUUUUCAACGGUCGCCCAGGCAUUGUAGCAUGGACUAUUAUUAACCAUUCCUUUCAAGCUAAACAUAAGGAAUUGUAUGGCCACGUAACAGAUUCUAUGUGUCUCAUCAAUGUCCUACAGGCUAUAUAUGUUAUAGACUAUUUCUGGAAUGAAGCCUGGUAUUUGAAAACUAUUGACAUCUGCCACGAUCAUUUUGGAUGGUACCUAGGCUGGGGAGACUGUGUUUGGCUUCCUUACACCUAUACUCUGCAGGCAUUAUACUUGGUCUACCACCCUGUCCAGCCUUCCAGAACUACUGCAGCUGCGAUUCUGCUACUGGGACUGGUGGGCUAUUAUUUCUUCAGAAUGACCAAUCAUCAGAAAGAUAUCUUCCGUCGCACUGAUGGCAACUGUAAAAUCUGGGGGGCAAAGCCUAAGUACGUUGAAUGCUCCUAUAUGUCAGCUGAUGGGACCAAACACUAUAGCAAGCUGUUGACUUCAGGAUUUUGGGGAGUGGCCCGCCAUUUUAACUAUACAGGAGACUUAAUGGGGUCCCUGGCAUACUGCAUGUGCUGUGGAUCUGAUCACAUCCUACCUUAUUUCUACAUUAUUUACAUGACUAUUCUUCUGGUCCACCGCUGCAUUAGGGACGAACACAGAUGCUCCAGCAAGUAUGGCAAGGACUGGAAGCGGUAUUGUGAGGUAGUCCCUUAUAGGUUAUUUCCAGGUAUUUUUUAA